AUGCCCUCUUGCCGCAUCGCCACCACAGCCGCCAGCCGCGGCCUCCAGCUCGGGUCGCGUGGCUUCUCGACGACGUCGUCUGCGGCUGCCCAUCUGGCCCGCCCCCAUCGCCCGAUGUUGGAACUCGGUCGUGCGUCCCACUCGCCGCUUCUGGCGUCUCGGGGCGCCGCCGCUGCCUACGCUCCUGCCGCAUCGGCGUCGGGCCCGGCCUCAAGCUUCCACCAGGCGCUCGCCAUGCGGAGCUUCUCGUCGACCAUGACUGCCGCCAAGAUCAAGGUGGCCAACCCCGUCGUCGAGCUCGAUGGCGAUGAGAUGACCCGCAUCAUCUGGCACAAGAUCCGCGAGGAGCUCAUCCUGCCUUUCCUCGACAUUGACCUCAAGUACUACGACCUCGGCAUGGAGCACCGCGACGCCACCGACGACAAGGUCACCGUCGAGGCCGCAGAGGCCAUCAAGAAGUACAAGGUCGGCGUCAAGUGCGCCACCAUCACGCCCGACGAGGCGCGCGUCAAGGAGUUUGGCCUCAAGAAGAUGUGGCUCAGCCCCAAUGGCACCAUCCGCAACAUCCUUGGCGGUACCGUCUUCCGCGAGCCCAUCGUCGUCGAAAACAUUCCCCGCCCCGUCCCCGGCUGGACCAAGCCCAUCAUCAUCGGACGCCACGCCUUUGGCGACCAGUACCGCUGCCAGAACUUUGUCGCCCCGGGCAAGGGCAAGUUCACCAUGACCUUCCAGCCCGAAGACUCGUCGCAGCCCGCCCAGCACUUUGACAUCUUCAACUUCCCCGAGGGCGGAGGCGUUGGUAUGGGCAUGUACAACACGACCGAGUCCAUCACCGGAUUCGCCCAUGCCUGCUUCAAGAUGGCGCUCUCGUCGGGCUACCCCAUGAUCCUCUCGACCAAGAACACCAUCCUCAAGGCCUACGACGGCAAGUUCAAGGACGUCUUCCAGGAGAUCUACGACACCCAGUACAAGAAGGAGUUUGACGCCAAGGGCAUCUGGUACGAGCACCGCCUCAUCGACGACGCCGUCGCACAGAUCAUCAAGGGUGACGGCGGCAUGGUGUGGGCGUGCAAGAACUACGACGGCGACGUCCAGUCCGACAUUGUUGCCCAGGGCUUCGGGAGCCUCGGCCUCAUGACCUCGGUCCUCCUCACGCCCGACGGCGAGAUCUGCGAGUCCGAAGCCGCUCACGGCACCGUCACCCGCCACUACCGCCAGCACCAGAAGGGACAGGAGACGUCGACCAACUCGAUUGCGUCGAUCUACGCCUGGACCCGCGGUCUCGCCCACCGUGGCAAGCUCGACCAGAACGAGGAGCUCGUCACUUUUGCCAAGGAGCUCGAGAAGGCGUGCAUCGACUGCGUCAACAACAACCAGCUCACAAAGGACCUCGCCCUCAGCCUGCACGGCAAGAACCUCAAGCGCGAGCACUACCUCAGCACCGAGGAGUUCCUUGACGCCGUCCGCGACCGCCUGACCAACGCGCUCAAGAAGCAGGGCAUCGAGGCCGGCAAGCUCUAG